UAUACUUCCCGCUGGCUUAAAAGAAAACGGCUGAUGCGACAUGCUGCAAACUUUUUUGGUGACACUCUAUCCAAAAGGCGUGGCAACACAUUGGUUCAUCCACUUAAGAAUCUUAGGUCAACGAACAAUUGUUGACCAAACCAUAACUGCGCAGAUCGCAGAGUGCAUCUUGAGCAUAAUCCCCAAAUAGUAGACCAACCGUAUAGUCUCCGUAUCAAAGCUGCAUACAACAAAUCCCUCCGCCACUCUCUUUACCAAAUUUCAAUCCUGCGAUAUUCCGAUUUCAAGGGUCGCUCUAAUGAACGUCCAUGUCCUCCAAAUCGUUUAAGAAGAAGCCUAGCAGAAAGCGAUCCAGCUCCAAGUUCGCCUCCUCGAUGGCCUCUUUUAAGUACUUAUACCUCAGAAAAUUCUUCAUUUUAGUAUCAAUUAUUUUGCUUGCUUGUGUAAUUCUUGUUUUUGGAGUUUCGUCAAACACUUGGAAUGAGAUAUCUUCCGAUAGUAACUCCCUUAAGUUUGACGGCUACGAAAUAGUCAAUGAAUUCCCCCACGAUCCCAGGGCUUUCACUCAGGGCCUUGUUUAUGCAGGAAAUGAUACCUUAUUUGAGUCAACUGGUCUUUACCGGCAGUCAUCAGUUCGGAAAGUUGCCCUUCGGACCGGAAAGGUUGAGAUUCUUCACAAGAUGGCUGAUUCAUAUUUUGGAGAGGGUUUAACCCUUCUUGGUGAAAGGCUGCUCCAGGUAACUUGGUUGACCCAAAUUGGUUUCAUAUAUGACAGAAAAAAUUUGCAGAAAUUAGAGCGAUUUACACAUCAGAUGGAAGAUGGUUGGGGACUGGCAACUGAUGGCAAAAUCUUAUAUGGAAGUGAUGGGACCUCAACACUGUAUCAGAUAGACCCUCAAACAUUAAAAGUCACAAGAAAGCAUGUCAUUAAAUUUAAUGGCCAAGAUGUACGCUACCUGAAUGAAUUGGAAUAUAUAAAUGGUGAAAUAUGGGCAAAUGUUUGGCAGACUGACUGUAUUGCUAGAAUUUCACCUAAUAAUGGUACAAUGCUUGGAUGGAUUCUUCUUCAUACUUUAAGAGAAGGACUAAUAGCAGCUGGAUAUAACGGUAUUGACGUUUUAAAUGGCAUUGCUUGGGAUAGCAACAGUAAUCGCAUUUUUGGUCUAGUUAUAUUUUAUAUCCUGAAAUGGCCAUAUGGUACCCAACUAAAUUAAACAUAACAUGGCAUGUCUAAAGUUGCCUCGCGACCGGAAAUGCCAUGCUCUUGAUUUGCCGAAGGCUCUUCUUCCUAGUGUUCAUUUUUGGUAGAGAAAUGGUGCUAAAGCAAACCAUCUACCGGCUUCCUCUGCCUUCUUUCAGAUUACUUUCAGGUUGUAAAGAAAAGAAAAAAAAGCUACAUAUGAUUGCAUCAAACUGGGAGGGGUGGGGUUGGUUUUUUUAGGAAAUAAAUGGCGUCCACGGGAAAAUGGUGCAUGUCAUUGUGAAGUGGCAUAGAAAUACUGGUUCAAGUUGUGGGAAAGCAUGGUGAUUUUCACUCCAUAUCCAUAAAUUGAAUGAAACAAGAUAUUCCCGCUGCCCCCGCCGGUUAGUUGGCACAUCAAGAUUUUUGAAAUAUAUCCCAAGGCUUCUUGCUAAGCUUAACCUCUUCUGUUUAUAACUUGUUCAGCAGCUAAAACCCCGAUUUUUAGCCUUCUUUUCCUCUUCUUUGAAGCUCGUUUUCUUUCUUGGUAGCAAGCAUAUCAUAACAGGUGUCAUAUCUCAAGGAAAAGCUCUCGAAGCAUAUCUCGUUUUUUGGUCUUCGAUUAUAGAUCUUGAUAGUUGCAUUCAUAAUAUUAUUCAUUCUUUUGGCUUGCUUCAUCAUCUCUCUCUCUGUCAUCUGUUAUCGUCGUAGAAAAGCCUACAAAACCCCCUUUUGCCUACCAAACCCCAUUGCUCGCAAGAAUUGUCAAAGCGCUUACAGCACUUCCUCACUCAAUAGGAGGCUCCUUCCGCUUAACAUUUCGGAGAUCGAGAUGAACACGACAAAGCCUGAGCUUCAUGUAAUGUUUUUUGACCAAUAGUCUACUCAUGCUAGUGUAACAACUCGAGAGUUGUCUGGCUGAUUUGGAGCCCUUUGCCAAGUGCUCACCCGGUGUUUCUGAAACCUGGCUCCGUAAC